CUUAGCGUGAUUAGUAAUUCAGUAACAAUAAGAAGAAGUGGUUUGAGAGUCGUAUGUGACUUUCUUAUGAGGACAAUUCCAAUGUCGAAUUUUUUUUAGGGAGAGGGAAAUGUUAUAUCCUUGUCGAUCAGUUCAAUCAAAUGAAGCAUCUAAGCAUCUUUUUAGCAGUUGUCUGCAUUCCCUUCUCUCAGUUCCAAUUUCGGGGACGAAAUUGUUUUAAAGAGGGGGGGGGGGGGAGGAAAUGUAACACCCUGAGUUCGGAUUUGGGUUUGAUUAAGGUUUGACCGAAAGAGAGUUGGGAGACGGUUGCUAGGCCGUGUUGCUAAACAUUGAAGGAGGAACAUGCUAGAACAUGGCCCGAAACACGACCGUGUUGCUAGGCCGUGUUUGGUUAGGCGUGUCGUUUUGACGUAGCUAUAAAUGAGACAAUGGAGGAUUGAACACGAUCAAUGAACACGCCCGUGUCAUUAGAUCGUGUUCCAUUAAAUGCUCGUUUUAAAGAUUAGGGGUUGGUGGACGAGUCGUUUUGGAAGAAUUGGAGAUGAAACGUAACACGGCCUAAGCACGUCCGUGUUGGUUGGUCGUGUCACUUGAGGUAUCGGGACACGACGACGGACUGGCGGAACGAGGCACGACGUUUGAGGCGAACAUGGGUAAGAACACGACCAUGUCCCGUGCCCGUGUUCGACCUGAUAUAUGAGUUGUCAAUUUUUCUGCUUACCUAUUUUCAUCUCCCAAAUCGCCCCAAACGCUCUGAACAAGCAGAACACGAAGGAAAGAGAGGAGAGGAGCAAAGAGGAAGGAGAAGGAAGUAACCGCUGGAUUAUUCCCCGUUCACCGGCAAAGCGAGAUAUCGACAAAAAUCUCCCCAACUCCCCAUUCCUCUCGACUUCUAAUCUUUCAUACGUCUUAGGAAUACUACAAGAAAAUAGAUCUUUAAUCACGGGUACUUUUGAUUAUGGGUAUGCUCCCGUAAUCAACAUAUAUUUUUUAUCAUGGGAAAAUCUUCCCGUAACUGUUGUUUGUUAAAGAAUAGCUUCCUGUGACAAUUGAUGAACAGGGGAAAAACACAGUGGGCGGGAGCCAAAACAAAGUUUGGCGCUAUCUCCCUCUACGUUUUGGCUCCUGAAAAUUUUCAACUUACCGCCAUCCAUUAUUUGGGGUUUUCAACAUCUUCUUGAAACUCAGCUUUACCAAAUUUUCCCCUCCCCCAAAGACAAAUCAAUUUUGGAGCUCUACUCUAGAUCUAUUCCAUCCCCAGUUUUCCAGCCGUUUCGUCCUCCUCCUCGACACGCAGAUGCGACGGCUUCUCUUCUACCUCUUCAGAUCUAAGCAUUAUGUCGCAAUCCCCUCCCUUGCAGACUCUCCUCCAGUCGCCUCCGACGUCGCCGUCAGUCCCAUCGCCUCAAACGCUCCCUGCGCUCACCACUUCCUCACCAUCAUCACCUUCGUCAAAGAUAGAAUCAUUCUCGCUGCUGCACCCCUCUGCUGGACACCGAAAUCGCAACAAUCACUGACUGCUCUGUCAAAUUUGACCUGCGUAGCGGCGGCAUGGUUUCGUUUUUUGCUUCUCAAAGGGACACAACCCCUCCCAUUCUCCUACCUCAUUUUUCGCGUCCCUUGAGGGAUUUCUUGUUUCAGUCAAUUUGCCUCCUAUAGUUGAUUUCUUUUUUCUGUAAAUUGGACUCCAAUAUUGCAGGUUUGUUUUGAUUUCUCUCAUCGGAGCAACCAACUCCUCCAUCUUCUGAAGAAUUACUGCUAUUUUUGGAGAGGGAUUAAUUCCCUUCUUAGCAACACUGGGUGGAACUGGGGAUAUGUGGAUAAAGGUCUGCUGCUAUUGUGUAACCCUUCUUUUCCUUUUCACUUUCUGGGCGUUUUACAGAGAUUUGUGGUGAUAAGUGAUGUGGACAUUAUGUUCUCUCAUACUCAUGCUUUUGUGAUUCCGAGUUAUUAUUUUCAAACUUCAAUAUUUUGGUGCCUCCACACAAAUUUUUGCUAGAUGAGAUAAUGGUGCUUGCAUUGGCAUGACAGAUAUAUAUCCAUCUCCAUUCAUUAUCUAGGAUUCGGAUCUUGGUUCCAUUAUAUCUAGGGUGCAGAUCUCUUGAUUUUCCCGUUUAUCUAUUUUCUGGCUUAAGUUGUUAAAUUCCAAAAAGUCAUUAUCUCUGAGGUGGCCAGAUGUGCUUGAAUUCAUAUUUAAGGGAGUUGGAUUUUCUAGGUUCAUCAAGUAGCAGUGUUAAGCAAAGGAUUAUGUUCUUAGAACUCUGUUUCUAAGGGAGCAUAAAGCAACCCCAAUGCAGUGGGAGAGAUUGCAAGCAGUAGUGUUAGCCUAAUUGGGCCCUUCAUAUGGUUGUGGGAUGAAAAGCACUUAAUUAGUUGAUUUCAUAUUAUUAGCGAAUCAUGCCUUCUCAUGUUGUCCUGUCUGAGUUUCAGCAUCGAUGGUUGAGCUGGACUUGAUAAAGCAUCAAUUUUACAAUAAUUUGGUCAACAUACCAGAAAAACAGGUUAGUUUCAUUUAGUUCUGCAGCUUGCUUAUCAAUGGUCUCAUGGGUUUCUAGACAUUUGGAUUCCUUAAAAGCUUUAUGCAAGUCUUCGAAUGCAUUUCUCCGGAAAUUGUGCGUUAUCGGACUUGCUGUAGAUUGUAAAUUUGUAAUGGGAUGGGGGUAGUUUAACUUGCAAGCAUGCUGCAAUUUUUGUGGCAGCAAGAAAAAUGUAGUCACUCUACUGGUCAAGUUAUAAUUUAUGUCGUAGCAAAAUUUUCGUAUCAUUGUUGAUUUGCACAUUAACAUGGGUGAUUUGAUUUGCUGAAGUGCUUAGUCUUGAUGAUGAAAAUGUGUUGAAUGCUUGCAUUGAUUAGUGUUACAGUUUCCUCUAUAUGACUUGCUUUUUUCCGGUUUGUUUCAAUGCUUCAACAAUGAAGCUUUUGCAGCAGUUUUUGGGUUAAGUCUUCAUAGUGACUAUGUUUAUGUUUUUUGGAAUUUCAUGUGGUCGUUAGAGUGGAACUCAAGAUUUCAAGAGAAACGUUGCGAGGACCACCUGCAUGCUUAUUGCAUAGUUUUCUUCAUGCAAUGUUGAUAUUUAGUGGGAAUCAAUGGUCUUUUUAUCUGUGCUUAACCAUAAUUUUGUUACUCCUUUAUCGUGUACACAUUGACAUUUGUAUCUUUUUAUUAAGUAUGACAUUAUAGUUGUCUUAUCUUUUAUUUUAAGUACACAAAUUAGAUAUUGAAAUGACGCUAUGUUGUAUCCAUCAAUGAUCAAUAGUAAUAGUAGUAUUCCAUGAUUAUAGCUAAUUACAGUAACUGGAUUUUAUCAUGGUUAACAUUGCAACUUGUCACGGGGUAUACCGUAGUUAUUGUUGUUUCUAAACACAGGGCAUUUCCCGUGGUUGUUACUUAAUUACGGGUUUUACCUGUGAUUAAAGGGGAAUAUCAUCACGGGAUAUUUCCCGUGAUUGAUUAUUUUUGGUCACAGGAUAUCCCGUAAUGGUAGAUCUUCCAUUACGGGCACGCUUGUCACGGGAAAGUACCUGUGACUAAUUAAAUUAAUCACGGGAUUUGGCCAUAUAGUCACAGGAUUUACCGUGAUCAAAAGCUGAUUUUCCUGUAGUGGAAGGUAAGGAUAUUCGUCUCUAGUCGUUCCUACGUUCUUUUAGUCGCUAGUAGUAACAAUAGAUUGUUAAACCUUGAAGUUAAUUUGGCGAUUAAUACUUUUGAGAAGGGGAUUGAGCUUGGUUCAAUUAGACCUCGUCCCAAUAAGUUCAACUGGGUUUAAGCUCGCUUUGGAGGUAAGGAAUCGUGAUUCCCUUUGGAUAAGAUUGAGUUUUGUAAGAGUUUUCUUGUAGUUUCAAAUCAAGAGAUUUAGUAACGGGUUUCUGGGAUUUUCGUGACGAACAGAUGGUCACUAAAACGUCAUAAAUUUCUAGAAUAGUG